GUCUUGAUGGGCGGCGGAGAGGCGCUGCCAAAUCUGGCAGCAAACUAGAUUUCCAACACCUCUGCUGCCACAGUCCUCCGUCAUGGCACCUUAAGCGUGUAACCAACCCGACGUGAUAGCUGACUGCAUCCUGUCUGUUUGCUGCGGCUGAGCCAGACGCUGACCCCGCCGGAGACACGAGCCGCGGUGCGGACGGGCUGAAGCCGCCACAAUGAGCUCCGAACACCAGAGCGACAGCGAGGACGCCGACGAGUCGCAGGAUAGGCCCGGCAGCACCGGUAAGAAAGAAGACCCCGCUGGAAGACCGACACAGUCGGAGGGUGAAGAAGACGCCCCGCAGAGGGUCUGUGCUUCGCCGCCGGGGAGCAGCCGCGAGGACCAGCCGGAGGGCAGCGCCGGCUCCUCUCCUCCCCGCCUGGAGGAUGAAGAGCGCCGCGGCUCACCGGGCGCCGCUCCGCAGGCGGGGAGCGGUGGAAGCUCCAAUAGCGAAGGCUACAGGGGGAACAGCCUGUUUUCCUGGCUGCAGAGCAGGACUGUCAGACGGGGGCUGUUUGUAGACCCAGCCAGGGAUAACUUCAGGACAAUGACCAGCCUGUACUGCUCUAUGAACCCGGCCGUGGAGUCGGUCAAUCUGAGCUCCCAGACCCACGGAGCUGUCUUCAAUCUGGAGUACUCACCGGACGGGUCUGUGCUGACUGUGGCCUGUGAGCAGACAGAGGUCCUCCUGUUUGACCCCAUCUCAUCCAGGCACAUCAAGACCCUCACAGAGGCCCACGAGGAUUGUGUCAACAACAUCAGGUUUUUGGACAAUCGCCUGUUUGCCACCUGCUCCGACGACACCACCAUUGCAUUAUGGGACCUUCGUAAGCUGAGCUCCAAGGUCUGCUCGCUGCACGGCCACGCCAGCUGGGUGAAGAACAUCGAGUACGACACCAACACUCGCCUCCUGGUCACAUCCGGCUUUGACGGCAACGUCAUCACAUGGGACACUAACAGGUUUACGGAGGACGGCUGCCCGCACAAGAAGUUCUUCCACACUCGCUAUCUGAUGAGGAUGCGUCUGACUCCCGACUGUUCCAAGAUGCUCAUCUCGACUUCCUCAGGGUACCUACUCAUCCUUCAUGACCUGGACCUCACCCAGUCCCUGGAAGUGGGCAGCUACCGCAUGCUGCGAGCCCGACGGACCCCGCUCAGCUCAGAUGGAGGCACAUCAGCGUCCAGAUCGACAGCGACGCCCCGUCAGGGACACGACUCCAAGCUUCAUCCUCACAGAGAAGGUCUGUCCCCACGGAACAGCCUGGAGGUUUUAACUCCUGAAAUCCCCGGGGAAAAGGACAGAGGGAACUGCAUCACGUCCCUGCAGCUGCAUCCCAAAGGCUGGGCCACGCUCAUCCGCUGCUCCAGCAACAUGGACGACCAGGAGUGGACCUGUGUGUACGAGUUCCAGGAGGGGGCGCCCACUCGGCCGCUGGUCUCUCCCCGCUGCUCCCUGCGCCUCACCCACUACAUCGAGGAGGCCAACGUGGGCCGGGGCUACAUCAAGGAGCUGUGCUUCAGCCCCGACGGGCGGCUCAUCUGCUCCCCUUACGGCUACGGCGUCCGCCUGCUGGCCUUCGACGAGCGCUGCAGCGAGCUGGCCGACAGCCUGCCCGUUCAGACCAGCUGCCUCCGGGAGAUCCGCUCCAUCUACUCGCACAGCGACGUGGUGCUCACCACCAAGUUCUCCCCGACUCACUGCCAGCUGGCCUCGGGGUGCCUGAGCGGACGCGUGGCGCUUUACCAGCCCAAGUUCUAGCAUCCGGCGUUGUUUAAAAAAAAAUUUUGUUUUUUUUUCAACCCGAUCACUGCAGACCUGGGGAAACGCGUCCCAGGCUAAAUCGCUGCAUAUGAAGGGGUGGAAAUGCAUCAUGGAAGUGUUUUACAGGUGGUUACUUUUAGCACAUUUGUGCACAGGAUUUGCUGAAGCCAACCAGAGAUGCACUGAUCUGAGUUCUAUUGCCAAUUUCUAAUCUUUGCUAUUUGUACAGCUUCAACCUGCCGAUACCGACUUUGGUCUACUCCAGUUUCUGUUUGAAAACUAAUAUAUAGCAUAAGAAAAUACAAGAACAGAAUUCAGGAUAUGUUUCUUCCUUGUUUACUUCCCUUAAGCUGCUAUUAUUUAUUUAUAUUAGGAGCAGAAACUAUGUUUUGAAAAAGUAUAACCAUAAAUUACAGCUACUGUUCUUUUACUAAUCUGAAAUUCUAGAGUUGACAUUUUAAAUGACCUUUAGCAUUUUAUAGAAGUGAUUUGCAUCACUAAACAAAUGCUGUAUUCUGUUCAGCCUUCCUGUUGUCUGUGAAAGUCUUGCUCUCUCUUGCUUUCCUGCACUCUUGAUGAACCUCAGACUUAUUGGUUUCCCGUGUUGCACCUCUUUGCUUACUCUAUCUUAAAUUUAAGCGUCUGACUGAUUGUGAAACUAGCUAACGUUGAGUCUUCGCUCAGUAAUAGCGUUCACUUCGAAGAGUGUUUUGUGCGGUCAGGUAGCACUUCCAUUUGGUGCAUUCACCGACUCAAAAAAGAUUGGAUUUUAACGUGUCCUCCACUAGGCAAAAAGAAUCGUCCAGCAGAUUCCUCGAUGCAUCUCUACAGCUAGCUUAAGAAUGUAGAGUGUUGCGCAACAACCCAGGUCUGCAGCUGUUAAACGGGUUGAGUUCGUUUAGGUGCUAGCCGUCAAACUGACGGCCAUGAACUGGCGUAAAGAAAUGACAGACUGAAGCUCUGGGCUAAUUGCCAGGUUGCAGCAGAGGAUGGACACUUUGAGCCCUGGAUUUCAAGACACGACACAGAAAAGCAAGCUCAAAAUUGAAAUACAAAGAAAUUGCGUUUUUGUUUUUACAGAGGAAACUUCCUGAGCUGAAGUUCAAUGCAAUUCUCGAUGCAACUUGAUAUCAGGCAACGGCAAACUGUUGGUCGUGUGUAGCUCCUAUAGUUACAGAGUUGCUUUUGGCCUCUAAUAGUAAAUAUUUGUUUUCUUCCGUCUCAGGAGGACAACAUUAACAGUGCAAAAAGUCUAGUAUUGUUGAACCCGGAAGACGAACGGACUUUUGUGUACGCUGUUUAACUCGACUUCCUGCGCCGCGCCUGGUGCCGCUCUCUGCUGCUUCACUCAUGCCUUCGCCACAGGUGCUGCUUCUGUGCUCAUACAAUCUGAACUUCAAGGACCUACCCUCCUUUACCUGCCUGCUGCUUUUUUUGUCCCCAACAUCUGAUCUCUUUCCACGGUCCAGAUCCUCUGUUGUUUUUAAGGGUUUUACUUGGUGUAUUAAUAUUGGCACUAAUCGUUGCACAGCGUUUGAUUUGAUAAUCACUUCAGAGUUGCUACUCUGUAAUCACCUCUCUACUUUCCCCAAAGCUUUUAUCUAAAGUCUUUAGAUCGCAAUAUGUGGUCACCUGGAAAAUGGAGCACUCGUAAAAAGGCGGCGAAUAUUUCUGCGUCAUUGCAACUCAAAGAUACAUAGUUUCACCCUCUUUUGGUCUUAGCGCUACGCUUUAUAGGAGCGAUGCAGGCGCCAAGUCUGAUGAGAGUUCUCCUAUCACUGUUGGUUCCUCGAACCACGCAUUGCACGCACACACGGAAAAAAAUCGGAAAAGCGCAGGCAAGGUCAGCGUGAGCAGGCUGGACCAUGCAAAGGCUCCAGCCUGUCAAUGGGGUCCCAUUGACUCUUAUCUCUUACUGUUGAGGGAGGGUCAAGAACUAUUUCUAAUUUUUUCUUGUAGCCUGCAAGUUUUGCCUAAAAUGUGUAGGCUGCUUCACAUGAGUUAAAAUGUUCCUCAAAGUUAAAAGUUUUUAUCAACGACUGUUCAAGGCGUAUAAAAGAGCACAACAGAUGCUUACAAACAUUUGUUAAAAGCCUGAAACCAAAUUAGAUAUUUCCAUUGAAAAAUCUUACAAGAAUUUUAGAAAAAAAUACCCCGUCAAGAAAUAUUUCCGACUGCUCACUGAGUGUGUAGGCAAGGUAAAUGUUGGCGGUUAAAAGAAAUGGGCUUCUGUCCUACAUCGUAUUUAUUCCCCAGGCCAACAGGAAAUCUUAAAAUGAAUGACUAAAAUAAAAACAAAGCUAAAGUUGCAUUAACUCUAUGCUAUUGGUGGAGGUGCCUAAGCCCCUUUUCCUAAAACAUGGUGGGUAAAUGUUACAUCCUGAUGUCCAAGCUAUCAUCAUCUGAUGGUUUAUAUUAGAACCUGAAUAAACCAUCAGGCUCACUCAUAGCAGGUAAACUGUCGGAUUGAGUUAGCUUUAAGUGUUCAUUAAUGUCCUUUUACAGCCACACACUGCAGCCAUUGUUUUGUUAGUAGAACACUGUUACCGCUCCCAAUGACUCCAGGACACAUUAGAAGUUAGCUAAAGGUAAAACUCCUGCUAUGCACAUCAGCCUUUCUGGUGAUUCUCCUUUAUUAUUUCUGCUCUAUGCUGAGCUGUCAGUUGCCAAAAUAUGAUUUAUGAUGGAUGAAAGUGAGCUGAGAACUUCUGCUGGUAUAGAUUUAAGAAACGCUUCUAUUUAGAUCGACCUUUUUUGUUGUUGUUGCUGUUGUAAAUCUACUUUUCUCUCGCCACUGUAGAGGGCGCUGUUGCACUCCCAUUUAAUUCAGAUUUUCAAACUAAUGUGUUGAUUACAACUAGUUGAUAAAAGUAACAAGGGAUUAAAAAUCUGUGUUUGAUAAUUACUAUAACGUCAGAGUUGGGAGGGAAAUGCGACUGGAGCCGUUUUGACCUGAAUUUGGCUUUUGAGGUAAAGGUUCAAUAACGACAUAAAUUAGAUUUCACUUCUGGUCUCCAAGUUUUCUCCCGUUGGCGUCACGCCGGGACGGGCGUCGUGCCUCAGUUUGCCGCUUUCAUAACCUUCAGGUCAGUCAGUCGUUGGGUUCGUCUAAACGCGGACGCAAACAUUUCUUAGCCACCUUACCGGCGGAGUGUGAAGGGAUUCUGUGUUUCCUCCUCUGUUUUUACUUCAGGUACACUCACGACCUCUUUGAAGUGUCUUAUCUAUUUUCACUCCGUAUAUUUACGCAGAAAGACUGGGGGGGAAGGGGAGAAAAAAAACUGGAUUUAUCAUGUUUUGUGUGUUAUUUUUGAUUGUUGCUUUGAAUUUUAACUUGUAUCUAGCCAUGAGUUUCAUGAAUGUUCACACUAUUACCUUUUUUUUCCCAUGUGUGCACCAUUAAGUGAUGAAGGAUGGGUAGAUGAAAAUAAAACAUGGUGACAUGCUUAAA